AAAGGCAACAGGGUGUGUUUUGCCCUUCGUGCGCGUAUAGUAGGUGCCGCCCUAGAUAUGGAGCUUUGUGCUGUCUAGAUCUAGGCGCAUUUUUGCCGCUCUAGCUCGAUCGCUGCGACAAAUCGCUCAGGGCGCUGCGGCUCGUCCGCCAGCGCGUGAGAAAUCUGCUAGUCACGGUAUGGUAUUUCAUUUCUAGGCAGGAAUCGUAGAGCAUUUUCUCAGCUCCGGUGAGGAUUUCCACCGACAUCUCCCGAUCUGGUGCCGCGGGAUCGUUCCAGGCUGAAAUCUCUGGAAAUUUCGAGCUUUUCGGUGGAAAUCUCGCGGGACAGGGAACAAGGGAAUGGCGCCGCGGGCUAUUCGCAAGGCGCUGGGGGCCGUCAAGGAUCAGACCACCAUCGGCAUCGCCAAGGUCGCGGGCUCCAGCGUUCCAGAGCUCGAGGUUGCCGUCGUCAAGGCCACAAGCCAUGAAGAGGUGCCCGUGGAUGACAAGUACGUCCAUGAGCUCCUCUACCUGACCUCCUACUCGCGAGGCUACGUGAAUGCGUGCCUGGGGCUGCUGGCCAGGCGGCUCGGCAAGACGAGGAACUGGGUGGUCGCCAUCAAAACCCUCAUGGUCACGCACCGCCUGCUUCGAGAAGCCGAUCCGACCUUCGAGGAGGAGCUGGCUAGAAUGGGGAGGAGAAUGCUCAUGCUCUCAGCCUUCACGGACGAGUCGCGGUCCAAUGGGUGGGACUACACGGCGUUCGUUCGGACUUACGCGCUCUACCUCGACGAGCGCCUCGACUGCCAUGUCUUUUCUCCCGGACAAGCGCCCAAGCGUGAGCGUGGAGGAUACGAUGGUGGUGGCUACAGGAACGAGGAGUACAGAUACAGCGAUUCCAGGGACUACUACGAUGAUAGACGACGAGAAUCUCCUCCGAGACAAACCACCGGCCAGCUCAAGACGAAAGACAUGAAGCCCGACAUGCUGCUGGAGAAGCUGCCGGUGAUGCAGCGGAUCAUGGAGCGUAUGCUGGCUUGCAGGCCCGCGGGUGCUGCGCGGUACCACCGUCUCACCCAGAUCUGCCUCUACAUGAUCAUCAAGGAGAGCUUCCAGUUGUAUGGAGAGAUCCGAGACGGCAUCACGGUGCUCCUGGAGGCCUUCUUUGACAUGGAGUACCAGGAGUCAACCAAGGCUUUCGACAUCUAUGCGAAGUCCGCCAAGCAGUCCGAGGAGCUCGACUCCUUUUACAACGUUUGCAAGCACAUUGGAGUGGGAAGGUCCUCGGACUACCCCACGAUAGUCAAGGUGGCGCAGGACCAUCUCGACACUCUGGAAGACUCGCUCAGGGAGAGAUCUCGCUCUGGCUCUCGCGCUCAGAGACCAAAGAGCCCAGAGCCCAGUCCGCCACCCAAGGCCGAGGAGUCGGAGCCCGAGGACAUCGAUUACAAUGGUAUCAAGGCCUUGCCAGCGCCUCCAGUGGAGCCUCCCGCUCCGGAGCCGGAGCCACAGGUAGAGGAGAAGGACGCCGACCUUCUCAACCUGGACAAGUCGACCAUGGUUGCCGAGGGUGACAGGCUCGCGCUGGCCUUGUUCUCCGACGCUCCGUCGGCGAAUGGAAAGUGGGAGCCGUUCGGCUCGAGCACUCCCCAGGCCAAUGGCGGCAGCGCCGCCUCCUACUCGGAGAAUGGCAAAGCCGGGUGGGAGCUUGCGUUGGUGACCGAGGCCAGCAAUCUCGCCAAGACUCCCACCACCUCACUCGCCGGCAACUUCGACCAGCUCCUCCUCGACAGCAUGUACGAGCAAGGCAGCGUGGCUCAAAAGGCGGUGUCGAGCAUGCCGGCCGGGAGCGCCAGCAGCGUCGCGAUCCCGGGCAAGCCGACGAACUAUCUCGCGCUUCCAGCUCCGUCCGGGACGGUGGACGAGGACCCCUUCACGGCCUCGCUCGGUGUUCCUCCGCCACCGUUCGUGCAAAUGGCGGACAUGCAGCAAAAGCAAAGGCUUCUCACUCAGGAGCAGCAGCUAUGGAACCAGUACCAGCAAAAUGGGAUGCAAGGUCAGUAUGGCUACACGAGUUACUACGGGAACGGGCAUCCUCAGUAUGGCUACUAUUCUUACGGCAUGGGAAUGGGCGGAGCAUCAUACGGGUAUGGUUACAAUUACUAGCUUUCCUUCGUUGGUUCUUACCUUUGGGAGGAAGAAUAAGCUUCGACAGCAGCAGGCAUGAAGAUCGUCGUCGUCGUCGUGGAGUAAUAAUAUACAUACUAGAGAGAGCCAGGUUCCCAUUCUUUUUUUUUUUUUUUCUCUUGUUCUUCUUUCUCGUUUUUGACCACUCUACACUUUUGUAACUUUUGUUCUUUAUAUCGAAUCGAGGCUGUGUUUUGCU